AAAACUACAAACGAUUCGUAACUUAUACCGACAAAAUCACAGCUAUAUGAAGGCUUUAAUGCAUUAUGUUGUGAACUUUUAACGUAUUUAGUUGUUAAACGUCUUGUGCGAGUUUGUAUGUUAAGAAGAAUGCUGUUGUCAUAAUGUUAACGAGGAAAUACCCAUAAAAACACUGAUAUAAACAGUUGGAUAAACGAAGAUUAACUAUUUUUCUCAUACAAAAGCAAGUUAAAUUGGAUUUACUAAGCAAACAACAUGGCCUCGCUCUAUAAAAUGAACCAUCCCCGAAGAGGGAAAGCUGUCAUUAUUAACAAUGUAAAUUUCAACACACAAGCUCGACUGAACAGAAGAAAGGGAUCGCGCCAAGAUUCAGAUUCCUUAGCAGAUUGUCUCCGAGGUUUAAACUUUACUGCUGAGAAACACGAAGACAAGACCACUGGUGAAAUAUCUAAAAUAUUUGAAAAAGUUGCAGCAGAAGAUCACAGUGAUGCCGACUGUUUGGUGGUAUCUUUAAUGUCACAUGGUGGUAAGGAAGGGAUAUCAGGAACAGACUUCAACCGGAGGAAUUUCAUGCAACUACAAGAUGAGCGAGAUGGAAACUAUCGAAGUGCUGGGGUAUUGGAACUUAGUGACAUAAUCGAUCCUUUCAAGGGAGAUAAAUGCCCUACUUUAGUUGGAAAACCAAAGAUCUUUAUUCUUAAUGCUUGUCGUGGUGAUGACAUGGAUUAUGGAGUGGAAGGACCAAUAGACCAAGUUGACAGCGUUACCAGCCGUUAUACCAGAGUUCAAAGAUUACCUAUUGAUGCUGAUAUAUUUGUACUAUUUUCUUGUACAGAAGGUUAUACUACACUGAGGGAUGAGAUAUCAGGAUCGUAUUUUGUCCAAGAUUUGUGUAGAGUAUUUCUGGAAUAUGGCAAAACCUUACAUCUCAAUGAACUGGUACUGAAAGUCAAAGAGAUGGUAGCAGCGAGACAAACUGUGGUUCAGGGCAGUGCCCACCUUGAGUUUCAGAUGCCAGUUGUGCUGGACACCUUACGAAAACUGGUUUAUUUUGAUCAUAAGACGUCCAUUACCCGCCAGCCGUCCGCUGAUAUAACAAGGAUGAUCAGACUAUUUGAAUAG